UGUCAAUCAAAAUACUCAACAAAUUCAAGAAUCCGUACAUCUCAAGAGACAAACGUUAAUCGAUGGGAAAAGGCGACAAUAACUAGGACAGUGGGUGUCGGCGAGGAGCCACCGUCACCGUCUCCCUCUCCCUCGACCACCCACAGCCACAUCCACUCUCUUUAUUCAAGUACAUCGAGAAGGACCACUUCAGAGCUUUCGCUCCAGUUCGUAGUAUUGAAGGAUUUCUUGACCUAUUCAUUGCUUGAAUUGGAGUUUCAUUCAGAGCCCCUUUAUCAGAAAAAACUACUUUCUUGAUUUUGUUUAGUAUUUUCUUCAGGUAAUUCGUUGGGAGAUGGUGACGGUGAGGUUGUCGGCCCAAAUGGCGGUUGUGGUGGUGCUCUGCUUCCGUAUAGAAGCAGAGUACAUGAGAUACAAAGACCCGAAACAGCCGUUGGAUGUGAGGAUCGAAGACUUGAUCCGCAGAAUGACCCUUGAGGAAAAGAUUGGCCAGAUGACGAUGAUUGACAGAAAGGUUGCUUCUGCAGAUAUUAUCAAGGCAUACUUCAUUGGUGCUCUUCUGAGCGGCGGGGGGAGUGUGCCGGCUCCAAAGGCUUCUGCCGAAACUUGGAUCAAUAUGGUUAACGAGUUUCAAAAUGGUGCUCUCUCUACCCGUCUUGGGAUUCCUGUGUUUUAUGGGAUUGACGCAGUUCAUGGCCACAACACUGUCUAUAAUGCUACAAUUUUCCCUCACAAUGUUGGGCUUGGAGUUACCAGGGAUCCUGAACUUGUUAAGAAGAUAGGAGCCGCAACUGCUCUUGAAGUUAGAGCCACCGGAAUCCCCUAUACUUUUGCUCCUUGUGUAGCGGUAUGUAGGGAUCCUAGAUGGGGUCGUUGUUUCGAAAGCUAUAGUGAAGAUCAUGAAAUUGUUCAAGCAAUGACUGAGAUAAUCCCUGGUUUACAAGGAGAUCUUCCACCUGAUUAUCCAAGCGACUUCCCAUAUAUUGGUGGGAGGACAAAAGUUGCAGCAUGUGCCAAGCAUUUUGUUGGAGAUGGCGGCACAACUGAUGGCAUCAACGAAAGUAACACCAUCAUAGACUGGGACGGACUGCUUAGCAUCCAUAUGCCUGCAUAUCUCGAUUCCAUUAGAAAGGGUGUGGCCACGAUUAUGAUAUCCUUCUCAAGCUUGAACGGCACAAAGAUGCAUGCCAACUAUGAUCUUAUCACCGGAUACCUCAAGAAAACACUCAAAUUCCAAGGUAUCGUCAUAUCAGAUUCUCAGGGUAUUGACAAGAUAACCACCCCAUCACAUGCUAACUAUACUUACUCAGUCGAAGCAAGUAUUAAUGCUGGAAUCGACAUGAUUUUGGUCCCGGAGAAUUUCACAGAGUUAAUAGAUACCCUGACACUGCUGGUCAAAAAGAACGUCAUCUCUAUGAGCAGAAUCAACGAUGCUGUUGAGAGGAUACUAAGGGUUAAAUUUAUCAUGGGUCUAUUUGAGAACUCAAUGGCCGAUUUCUCCUUGGUAAACCAACUUGGGAGCCAGGAGCAUAGGGGGUUGGCCAGAGAAGCUGUGAGAAGAUCGCUUGUCCUGUUGAAGAACGGUGAAAACGGUGAUGCACCAUUGAUUCCUCUUCCAAAGAAAGCAAAGAAGAUUCUUGUGGCUGGAAGUCAUGCCAACGACAUUGGUAACCAAUGUGGAGGAUGGACGAUAGAAUGGCAUGGUCUUUCUGGUAAUAUUACAAUAGGGACCACAAUUUUAGCUGCUGUCAAGAACACAAUUGAUCCUCAAACUGAAGUCGUCUACCACGAAAAUCCCAACAAAGAAUUCAUGAACUCCAAUAGCUUCUCUUACGCCAUUGUGGCUGUUGGUGAGCUGCCUUAUUCAGAAACUGUCGGUGAUAGUAUGAAUCUGACAAUAGCUAAACCUGGUUACGACACAAUCUCCAACGUCUGCCAAGCAAUAAAAUGUGUCGUCGUCAUCAUUUCCGGGCGACCGGUUGUUAUACAACCAUAUCUUCCCCUAAUAGACGCUCUUGUGGCAGCUUGGCUUCCGGGAACCGAAGGCCAGGGUGUAGCUGAUGUGUUGUUUGGCGACUAUGGUUUUACAGGAAAGCUUGCUCGUACAUGGUUUAAGACAGUUGAUCAGCUUCCGAUGAAUGUGGGUGAUCCCCAUUAUGACCCUUUAUUUCCGUUUGGCUUUGGUCUCACAACCACACCUAGAGAUAUGAAAGAAAGCCAGUGACAUGUACCACUUAAUUUAUUCAUCAACACAUCCUAUCCAUUCACUAUAAUGUAUGGUUAAAUUCGUACUUUUAUUGUGGAAAUUUCAUGGAUUUGAGUGAACACGUCCCAUUGAGUCUGUCAGUACAGAUAAGUCUGAUCGAGACGAACAUAUUAUUGUUAGAAGGUCUCAAAAUUUCAGGUUUUGAUGUAAUUACAAUUGUACAUGAAGUGGGAUUUACAUGGGUCUACAAGAAUUGGAGCUUGGACAUCCAGGAAUCACACACGAACGAAAGCACAUGAUAGACUUGUUUCGUACGUGGUAAACAGUAAUGGAAAGCCAAAACUAAGGACAAGUUGACAACUCGUAUAUGCAUGGACUUGAGCAGGCAAGCAACCGCAGAAGGCCAGUCAUGCAUCUGUGGAAUUGGAAAUACUAUGUAUUGAAGUUGAUAAUAUUUCUUACAAUAUCUUCC